AUGGUGAUUGUGUCCUGGCUUCUUCCCGGUUUCAUCUUGGCUUUUCUUCACUUGGCCAGAGCAGAGAAAUGCAAAGUCAGCACAGAAAGUCAACAUUUUGUGGCAGGGUCACCUUUUGCUCUUUCUUACACAAUCAUAGACGUGAAUGGGGAUGUGACUUGCUAUAAAAAUUUGAGCAAAACUCCAAUAACUCCGGACAGAAAUUCUAGAGUUCACCAGUAUCUGAGUUGGAUUUUAUUUCUUCCUUUGACAUUGCAAGACUCAGGAAUAUAUCAGUUUCUCGUAAGGAAUUUAGGUAGCUGUCAGAAAAUCUUCGUGAACCUAACUGUUCAAAACAGGAGUAGUGGUUGGUGUGGUGAUUCCAGCAAAGACCUAGCAGGGCUAGCAGAUAAUCACAACCAACAAACAUUAUAUAUGGGGACCACCAGCAUUCUUGCAUGCCAUGUAAUUACCAUUCCAAACAGUACUUUAAGUCCGAUAUAGUGGUAUAAGGAAUGUAAUCCUAUUGGAGACAAAGAGAAAUAUGCUUUUAGCAGAUUUGAUCUCUAUAUAGAAAAUACAUCAACUGAGGAUUCAGGAACGUAUUUAUGCAGAACAAAGCUAACAUACAUGGGAAAACAGUAUGAUAUUUUAAAUAGAAUUUCUACAACUCUAUUAAAGAAAAUAGGAAGAAGGAAGGAACCUGAAAUUAUCUAUCCAAGAAAUAAUUCCAUUGAAGUACAGCUUGGUUCUCCUCUUAUUGUACGCUGUAAUAUAAAAGACGGGAAAGAUAAUUUAAAUCAUAGAAGUUGGAGAGUCAAUGACACUCUUGUGGACUUCCUCAAUUCUACCCGAAUCAAAGAAGGGAUUGAAUCAAUGGUUUCUUUUGGGGAAAAAUACAAUUUCUAUACUGUAAAUAUCAGCUUCUCAGAGGUGAGACAGGAAGAUUAUGACUGUCCCUUUAUAUGUAUAUCUGGAUCUUCCGCAGCAUUUAUUAUGCUCAAGCAUCCAGCUCCAGAUAUUCAAAGAUACCUGAUAGGAGUGUCCGUUGUUGCAUUAUGUGUGAUUAUGCUUGUUAUGUGCACCUACCGUAUUGUCAAGGUUGACAUUGUGCUUUGGUAUCGGAGUACCUUUCAUUCUACUGUGAGUAAAGAAGAUGGCAAGCUCUAUGAUGCAUAUGUUUUGUAUCCAAAACCUAAAACUGAAAGCCAGAGCCAUGACAUGAACAGUUUGGUACUGAAGAUCCUGCCUGAAGUCUUGGAGAGACAGUGUGGAUACAGAUUGUUUAUAUUUGGAAGGGAUGACUUACCAGGACAAGCUGUGGCCAAUGUUAUUGAUGAAAAUAUUAAGCUAAGCAGAAGACUGAUAAUCAUUUUGGUCUCAGAAUCUUCAAAUUAUGGUCUCUUAAAGAACAUGCCUGAAGAACAGAUCACUGUCUACAAUGCUCUCAUCCAGGAUGGAAUGAAAGUCAUUCUCAUUGAACUGGAGAAAAUCCUAGAUUAUACAAACAUGCCAGAAUCAAUUAAAUACCUUAAGCAAAAACAUGGGGUGUUGCAAUGGAGAGGUGGCUCCACAGAGGGUUCACGGUCAGCAAAGACAAAGUUCUGGAAAAAUGUAAGAUACCAUAUGCCCCCUAAACAGUACCCAUCUUCACCAGACAGCACAUCAGCACCCUGCAACUACUCUUUGAACCCAAAGGAAAUAAAUACUGGGCUGUAG